AUGGCAACCGGAGCUCCCUACACUGUGAAAUGGGGCAUCAUGGCCACCGGCUGGAUCGCCGAGGUCUUCAGCAGGGACCUCCUCACCAACCCCGCCACCCGCUCCGUCCACGACGUCGCCCACACCAUCACAGCCGUCGCCUCCCUGCAGGGCCCGUCCCGCGCCGCCGACUUCCUCAAGAAGAUCGACGGCCCCGCGGACGCCGCCACCUACGGCACCUACGCCGAGCUCGUGGCUGACCCCAACGUCGACAUCAUCUACGUGGCCACGCCGCAUAGCCACCACUUCCAGAACGCCAUGCUGGCUCUCGAAGGCGGCAAGAAUGUGCUCUGCGAGAAGGCCCUGACUGUUACGGAGGCGCAGGCGCGGAAGCUUGUUGAGAAGGCUAGGGAGAAGGAUCUUUUCUUUAUGGAGGCUGUGUGGACGAGGUACUUUCCUUGGAGUAUUAGGAUUAGGGAGCUUGUUAAGGAGGGUGCCAUUGGCAAGGUUCACAGGGUCAUUGCUGACCUGUCCAUCGCUGAGGCCAAUGACGACGGCAGCCUCACCUUCCCUGAAACCAACCGCAUGAUCAACACCCAGCUCGCCGGCGGCGCCCUUCUCGAUCUCGGCAUCUACUCACUCACCUGGGUCUUCCAAAUCCUCUACCACCUCCAACCCCCCGCAGAAAAAGAAGCCCCGCAAGUCCUCGCCGCCGUCACCAAGCACACCACGGGCGCCGACGACCUCACGUCCAUCAUCACGCACUUCCCCAAGCACAAGUCGACGGGCAUAGCCCUCACGUCUCUGCGCGUCGGCACCGACCCGGACGGCUCCAACAGCGGCGGCCCCUCCAUCCGCAUCCAGGGCACCAAGGGCGAGAUCGCCGUCAUCGGCCCCGCUUACCGCCCGGAGAAGUACCAGGUCAUCAAGAAGGGUGGCGGCGUCGAGACUUUCGAGUGCGUCGUGCCCAAGGAUGAGGCGCGGGGCUGGGGACAUGGGAUGUUUUGGGAGGCGGAUGAGUGUGCGCGGUGCUUGAGGGACGGGAAGAAGCAGAGUGAUUCGAUGCCUUGGGAGGAGAGUGUCGUUAUCAUGGGAGUUAUGGAGAAGGCUUUGAAGGCUGGGGAGGUGGAGUAUCCGGAGCUCAUCACGACGGACGUUUUUGAUCCGCAGAGCCCGCUUAAUGUGGGUAAGGCGUGA